ACUGAAAUGUAAUCCAUGUGUGGCCCUAUUUUACUCAACUCAACAUAACCACAACAUAAUAUAGCUAAGAUACCUACAAUUUAUUUAUUUUUCUACUAAUUGAAUUUGAUAUUAGUUAUAAUGGGAGCCGAAGUGAGGUGGUUGUGUUUUAGUGCAUUACUACUUUGUUUGUUGAGUGGCAUUUUAAGUAAUGCUCCAUUCUCUAGAUUUGAGUACAAAUUUAGUUUUAAACCUCCUUACUUAGCACAAAAAGAUGGGAAAGUGCCGUUUUGGGAAUAUGGAGGAAAUGCGAUUGCCAGUGCACAAAAUGUGAGAGUUGCGCCAUCACUAAGAAGCCAGAAGGGUGCAAUAUGGUCAAAGCUAAAAACCAACUUUCAAUGGUGGGAAGUUGACAUUCUGUUCCGAAUCACUGGCAGAGGUCGGAUUGGAGCUGAUGGAUUGGCAUUCUGGUUCACUCAGAACAAAGGAGAUUAUGAUGGAGAGGUGUUCGGAAGCUCGGACAAAUGGGUUGGUCUCGGAGUUUUCUUUGACUCUUUUGAUAAUGAUAACAAACACAAUAACCCAUACAUCAUGGCCGUCAUCAACGAUGGAACCCGACAGUUUGACCAUGCUAAUGACGGAGGAAGCCAGAUGAUCGGUGGAUGUUUGCGUGAUUUCCGAAACAAGCCUUUCCCAACAAGAGCUAAAAUUGAAUACUACAUGAACACAUUGACGGUCAUGUUCCACAAUGGAAACACCAACAAUGAGGCUGACAUGGAAGUAUGUUUGAGAGUGGAGGGGGUGACAUUGCCGUCAAGCGGACAUUUUGGUCUCUCUGCAGCCACUGGGGGACUAGCAGAUGACCACGAUGUACUGCAUUUCCUGACCACCAGUCUGUACCCACCCGGAACUUCACCCCAGGGAGCAACCGUUGGUCAAGCAGGAGUCAGUCCUGAGGACCAUGAGAAACUGGCCAAAGAGUACGCUGACUAUCAAAGGAAACUUGAUCAGCAGAAAGAAGACUAUCGUAAAGAACAUCCUGAAGUUGCGAAAGACUCAGAUGCAGAUCUCGAUGAGUGGUACGAGUCAGACAAUCAGCGAGAGCUGCGUCAGAUCUUCUCAGGCCAGAGCCAG